UUUUUUCUUGAAAUUUAUUUAUUAGUUUAAAUACAUAUUGGAUAUAUUGAAUAAAUUUUUUUUUUUUUAAACAAAAAAAACUUAUUCUUUAUAAGUUCGGAUGUGCAGCUGGUAAAAGUUUAAAUCCGAUCAAGAAUCUUACAAUGGCCUCAGAGAAACUCUUAUCUGAACAAGUUACAAAACAGACUUUACCCUCUCAAGCUUCCCAAAAUUCAUUAGCAAAAGCUUCUACUAUACCUUCUGAAUUGAUCCUUCAGAUUUUCAAAUAUGUUACCUCUACUGCCGACCUAAAAUCUUGUAUUCUUGUUUGUAAAUCAUGGUGUCGCUGUGGGGUUGAACUCUUGUGGCAUAAACCAGUAUUUACUGGAUAUGGUUCUCUCAUUAAACUACUAGUUACUUUAUCACGAAGUACACAAACUUUUCCGUAUGCUCUCCUUAUCCGUCGCUUAAACUUCUCCUUUUUGGGGGAGCAUGUAAGCGACGAAAUAUUAAAACGUUUAAGUUCUUGCGAAAGAUUAGAAAGACUAACUCUUGGAGGAUGUAGAAGACUUACAGAUAAUGGACUCCUAAAAUUAUUAGAUAAAGCAGAUGGGUUAGUUGCACUAGAUGUAUCAGACAUUGAAAAUUUGACGGACGCAGUUGUAGAACUAGUAGGUGAACGAUGUCGAAGAUUGCAAGGAUUAAAUGUGAGCUUAUGUAAAAAAGUUUCAGAUAAAGGUAUCUUGGCUGUCGCGUCAAAAUGUAGGAGUCUGAGAAGGAUAAAACUUAGCAGUUGUGACAUUAUUACUGAUGAAUCCGUGGUUAUUUUGGCUAAGAAUUGUCCGCACCUUCUUGAGCUUGAUCUCACCAAUUGUAAUCAAAUAACAAAUGAUGCAAUCCAACCCGUUUUCGAAAACUGUACACAAUUACGCGAGCUUCGACUUGCUUGUUGCACCAAACUUACUGACGAAUCUUUUACAGAAACUAUGCCAGCCUUGUACGAACAAUUACGUAUUUUAGAUCUUACAUCCUGUGCACUCAUCACUGAUCAAACUUUACUCAAAAUUGCACAUAGUGCACCCAAGUUACGUAAUCUUGUUCUAGCAAAAUGUGGUAAUAUCACAGACGAGGGAGUUUAUCAUAUAACUCGUUUGGGGAAGCACUUACAUUAUCUUCACUUAGGUCAUUGCUCGCGUAUCACAGAUCAUUCAAUAACUCAUCUGGCUCGUCAUUGUACACGGUUACGAUAUCUUGAUUUGGCCUGCUGUACUCAACUCACAGACGCGUCAGUAUUUGAACUAUCACAUCUUCCUAAAUUGCGUCGUAUUGGAUUGGUAAAAUGUGCUCUUAUAACAGAUCAAGCAAUCUAUGCCUUGAUUGAAAACCGGGUCGUACAGCAUACGUUAGAACGUGUGCAUCUGUCUUACUGUGUAAAUCUUACCGUUCCUGCAGUUUUAGAAUUAGUAAAUUCAUGUUUUCGUUUAACACAUUUAUCUCUUACUGGUGUUCCAGCCUUUUUACGUCCAGAAGUUCAACAAUUUUGCAGACAAGCUCCCAAAGAAUUCACACCACAUCAAAGACAAGUGUUCUGUGUUUUUAGUGGGAAAGGGGUUAAAGACUUAAAACAAUAUUUGAAUAGUACGGUUAUAGCACAACAAAGAAAUAAUCGAAUUGCUAAUGGAGUUGGUAACAUAAAUGAUCAGGUCGUCGGUCCAGUUGCAGCUGUUAGUGCUGACAUUGAGGAAUCCGUAGUUUCUGAAGCAGAAGGAGUGGGUGGGGAUAUAUCUGAGGGUGGAGAGGGUGAGAACGAAAAUAGGCACAGCCAGAAUGAUAAUAGAAAUAGGAAUCGUGUCUCGGAUCGUAAUCCUGAGGGUGAAGAUGGAGAUGUUGGAAAUGCACUCUUGGAUUUUUGAUUGUGAAAAAAAUAAACAUUAAUAUUAGAAGUGCCUUACGAUGAAUGUGAUAUGGCAAUAAUCGCUUUGCUUUAAAGCAAAUUCAUAUAUUCAAAUUUCUUCUAUCCGUUAAUCUGUGGCAUUUAGUUGUUUUUUAUAUUAUUAUUAUGAAUAAUUGGUAAAUAUUGUGCAAUGAAAAUAUAAAUACGAAUGAAUAGACAUAAUUGGGUACAGCUUUGUCACAAAAACACUGUAUUUACGGGUUUUCUUUAUAUUGUAAUGCAUAUUCAUGAAAGUCUCAUUAGUCUCAUUAGAAAUGUUAUAUAAAUGUUAACAUCACUUUAAAUAUUAUAAAUAUUACUAAUUCGAAAACAAAUUUUUUCAACAAUAACAUAUAAUAUAUUAUAGCUUAGAGAAC